UGUAUGCAGAUAUAACGAACGAAGCCGUUGUCGCUUCUCCGCGAUCUGCUGCAUUGUGUAUGUUACGACAUCCCGGAUCGCUUCUCUCGCCACCGGUGAGAAUCGCAUUCGCGAAAAUCCAUCCAAAAGUACCUGAGAUAGUACGCGAGGAAAUUCAUCUUUUCUAUCUCGUCUCAUCCAUAUCUUUUUUUUCUUCGCUGAAAUAACCAACCAGUUAUUUCUUAAGAUUUCAAGAGGGGUCUUUAAAGCGAAAUCGAACGGAAGGAAACAAAGAUGCCCGCCUGCUCGAGCGAGAAUCCCUCAACAUUAUGGUCAACCAGCCCGCCAAUGUCGCGAAGUAACAGCGCGUCACCACCGCUAGCAUCCGAUUCACCGUUGUCCAGGUCGCCUCCUCGGAUGUCGUCGCCCGUGUCCAUGUUGAAACGUUCGACAUCGAAUAUAUUCAUUUCCACGUCCAAAGCGCCGCAGGCUAGCUUCUCCCAGGUGUCAUCAACCUCGAGUUUGCCGAUGGUGACAAGCUUCCAGAGACGACAGCAGCAGCUGACGACUCAUCAAGAUCGGAGCAACAUCGAGCGACAGAGCAGCUCUUUGCUGUCCUGGAUUCUAUCUUGGUACUUUGGUCUGUUAUCAGGCUUUUUCCGGGGUAUCUUCAACACCAUCGGUUACGUGAUCUGGGCGCCCGCUCUAUGGGCAUCAGCCUGGGUUUGCCUGUUCUGGGUGAUUCUGCAACUUCCGCUCACCGCUCUCAAAUGGUUCAUCACUGUGCUCUACACUUCAGCGUACGAGAGAUCGCGCAAUAAGCGAUGUGUGCUCAUCAGUGGUGGCAACACGGUGCAAGCAGUACAUCUGGCGCGUAACUUUUACAAGGCGGGCGCUCGGGUAGUGGUAUGCGAGCUCGAAGAUCUUUUUUGUCUGGCCAGAUUCUCCAUCGCUUGUUCUAAAUUUUACACAAUACCGCGGCCCGGACCUAAAAACGUGGUCGAGUACAUAAAAACGUUGCGAGAUAUAGUUCAACGCGAAAAGGUGGCUUACUACAUACCGGUAAGCGCCGCCAAUACCGCUUAUUACGAUGCCCUAGCGAAGCCGCAUCUCGAGACCAUAGGUUGCGAAUGUUUCGUGCCCGACGCCAGUGAGGUAACCGCGCUGGACGAUCCUUUAGAAUUCCUGCGACGUUGUCGCCUGCUCGGUCUUCCGAUUCCGCAGCAUUUUCUGUUGCGAUCACAACAUGACCUGUUUGCGCUCUACGAGCAAAACGCGUUUCGUACCGGCAGGUACAUGAUGCUAGCCGCUGGUCCCGCCGUGAUGCGCGAUCGAGCCAAGAUUUUAUUACCGCCUACCGUUCGAGAGUUGAGAAACCAGCGGCAAAAUGAGAUCAGCGACAAGCGACCCUGGGUGGUAAUCCGUGAUCCCGGCGAUCAUUUCAUCACUUGCACCACGUUGAAGGAGUCGCGAAUAGUGGCUAACGUGACCUGCCGGGUGGACGAGGAUCGGGGUGGACUCAUACCCGAGGAACGCCCCGAGAUCAUGCGAUGGCUUGAACGAUUCUUUUCGCGUUCUUUUGGUGGCAGAAUCAACGGUCAUGUGAGUUUCCAGCUGGCGAUGUCAAAGGAGACGGGCGAGCUAGUGUCCAUAGGUUGUCGCGUGGGCGUGAGUCUGCCCUACAUUUGUCAUACAGGAAUACAUCCGCGCCUCGUAUGGAAACCCUGUCGGCAUUUUUCCAGGCAAAACUCAACGGUUAGGUCGGCCACAUUAGACAGGCAAUCGCUGUCUGACGCCGUGACCAGCGCCUUUAAACAACCAGCGGCCGGCGAUCAGACGGUCCCCCAUCUCCUGGGUACGGUACUGGACAAGAAAGAAUCCCUCUUUGUGUACUGGGAUCCUUUACCCUAUUGUGCCUAUUAUCAUCUCCAAUUGCCUUUCAGACGCGUCGCUGGAGCUAUUAGAUCGCAGCAUAAUCCACCCCUAGCGGUGGUACAGUAGAGCUUCAACAUUGAGUUUGUAUUAGAAGUGCUGGACAAGGGUGACAGAAGUUCUUUUCAUGUACUAGAGAUUCCCUGCGAAUUGCAUCUGAAUCUCUGCAUUGAUCGUAUCUUCAAGAAAUGAAUCAAAUGUGCCAAAGAGAGAUCCGAGGACGAUAAAAUCCCGGACGUGUCCGUACUUAUUUUUUUUGUGAGUGAUUGUGCAAAGUGUGGUAUUAUUUAUUGAAGUAUGAUAUAUUCGGGGUAAAGCCAUUUUUUUCAUGCUCAAGUC